AUGUGGCGUCGCGUCGUGGCCGCCGCGCUCGCUCUCGCUGUCUUGUGCGCGGAUGAUCGUCUACCACUGGCAAAGGAGGCUGUGUGCGGAACAGGCGGGCAGGAUUGCCCCAGGUGCAACGCUUCGCUGACAAAGUGGUCCCACUGCACAUUGGAUGCCGAGCAGAGCUUCGCGGGUGGCACAACGGCCUUCCUGAAGAGCAAGGAUUGCCCUGUCGGCAUGGCUGUCUUUGUUAGCUCGACUCUUUCUCACAAGUAUAACUCUUCCAAGAUGGCAGAUGCUGUGCUGACUGCUCCCGUACCACGUGGGGAUGAGAAGGCGAGAGAGAUGGCGUCACAGGUCCUGCGCGCCGCGAACAAGUUCUUGCUUGCGAUGCCGGAAGAGACAGUUGUCAGAGGUGCUGAGAUUGGCGUCAAGGCAGCCAGUCUGCAAUCCAUGUGUUUUGGGGUCUUUCUCCCAAACUCGGCGUGCAGCCUCUGCAUCGAGCACGUUGACCUCCCAGACGCAAAGGUGCAUCUGGAAGUGAGGCAGCAGGCGAAUUGCACAGUCCAGGACUGGAUGACUGGGCUGUGCAAUUGUGCCGGUGCUGUCACACGCGGUCGGCUGUUGGGGCUCUUGUACUCGUACGUGCACGAUAUGCUCCUUAUGAUAGGCCUGAGUUUCCACAUGCCGGACCCGACUCCCACGAACCUUCUGUUGACUUGCAAUCCUGAAGGCAGCACAUCCUUUCAGCCACCAGGAGUGCAGUGGGCCGAUUUUCUGGCCACCAGCAGCGGUCAGUCAAAGCGAGGCUUGCUGGCGGGGUCAGAUCGUGAGAUUGCCGGCAAGGUGACUGUCUUCUUCGGGGCCAUCAUGAUUGGGGCUCAACACCCCGAUCUGGCAUCGGUGCAGCAGAUAGCAGACCUUUGCGUAGCCAGGUUGAAGUUUGGCUUGAAAGAAGGUGUGACCCUUUGCAUGGAGCGAGUGUGGUCCGAGCAGCAGAAGAUGAGCGACGAGGAGCUUCGCGACUUCAGGAGGUUUGUGGCAGGAGAGAUCUUUUUCAACGAGAUUGAUGCCUUGUCAGCUCGCAUCACGGAGCUCGACGUAAGAGACGUGAAGAGGGAGCUCGAGCUCGCAGACGUGAAGAGGGAGCUCGCAGAAGUGAAGACUAGAGGCGCGACCUCAAUCUCAUCCGUCUGGGUGCGGGAGCUGAUCCGCAAGGGGGCGGAGAUUGGGGGCACACGUCCGUUCGUGGACAGGGGAGGGGCUUCGGGAAGCGGUUCGGGGCUGGGAGUUUUGGCUGUUUCUUGCUGGAGUUUCAGUUUGCUGUCGGUUCACGUCUGCCGAAGUUUUGACCCGCUCGACUUGCAGGAUCGGACGGUCACGGACAAGCUGAGACGGGUGGCUGAAUUUGUUCGCAUCUCUGUUGCCGACUCACAAAUGAAGUUCGAUGACGGCAAGGAGUUCGAGCCGACGGGCAAUGCCUUCAAAGUGAAAGGAGCAUUGGCUGACGCAGUGGAUGACUUGAAGAAGGCCCUGCGCUUGGAUCUUGCGCGUGGUAGCAACAGCAUCACGGACGUUUUUUGCGCUGCGGCUUUGCUUGACUUCCAGGCGCUCUUGGUCGUGCUUAAGUGCACAGACGCGGCCAAUCCAUUUGAAGAAAUCUGGGGGAAGAGCGCUUGCAUUGCUUGCUCAUGCCAGCAUGAUGUAGAACGCUUCAAGCAUGACAGCAAUUUUGCGUAA